AGUACCCCAAAGCACUCAUUGGGAUUUGCCAGAAAAUAUAGGGAAAUAUAAUACAUAAACCUCUGUUCCUCCUUUGAAACUGAGAAUGAAUCCACCGCCGCAGUUAGAAUCGGAUAACAUCGUCGCCUACACCGUCUUCGAGUCGGAGGAAUCUUCCAAUUGCAAGUAAGUAAUAAUCGCUUCUCAAUUUCCAUUAUCAUCCUAUCUACAUACUCAGUAGUAAAACUAUGGAUUCAGUUAUACACACCCAACAUUUUUACUCAUUUCACUACCACUCUCACAAACAAGCUUCUACAACAACUCGUUGCUUCAGAACUAAAAAACCUUUCAUUUUUUCUUCUCAUAAUUUUGCAAAACUCAAAUGCAAUAGUUAUAGUCAAAAUUAUGUCCCCAACGGUAAAUCACAACAAAACCAUAAAGGGAAUUCCAAUAGUAUACAAUCAUCCCCAAACGGUGCAACAAAUUUAGAGGAGAUAGAGAACAAUAAUCAACUCCGUAAAUUCGUUAAAAUAGGUGAAUUAGAUGAGGGAUUUAAGUUUCUUGAGCGAAUGAGUUUCAAAGGAGGCAUUCCCGAUGUAUUUGUUUGCACAAAUCUCAUUCGUCAGUUUUGUAAAACAGGCAAAACUAAGAAAGCUACACGAGUCAUGGAAAUUCUAGAAACUUCCAAUGUGGUUCCUGAUGUUAUAGCGUACAAUGUUUUGAUUGAUGGUUAUUGCAAAUCGGGGGAGAUAGAGAAAGCUUUGCAGCUUCUAGAACGGAUGAGCGUUUCGCCUGAUGUGGUCACUUAUAAUACGAUUUUGCGUAGUUUGUGUCAUAGGGGUAAAUUAAAGCAAGCUAUGGAAGUUCUUGACAGGCAGCUACAAAGGGGGAUUUAUCCCAAUUUGAUUACGUACAAUAUAUUGAUAGAGGCGACUUGUAAAGAGAGUGGAGUUGGUGAGUCGAUGAAGUUAUUGGAUGUGAUGAAGAUUCAAGGAUGUAAACCCGAUGUGGUUACUUUCAGUAUUCUUAUCAAUGGGAUUUGCAAGGAAGGUAGGUUGGAUGAAGCAAUUAAGGUUUUGAGUGACAUGGCUUCUUAUGGUUGUGAACCGGAUGUGGUUGCUUAUAAUAUCGUUAUUGAUGGACUUUCAAAGGUGGGGGCAACUGAGCAUGCUGUGCAACUCUUGGAUGAGAUGUGUAGGAAAGGUCUUCAACCUGAUGUAAUUACAUAUUCUUCAGUGAUUGGGGGAUUCAUUCGUGAGAGAAAGGUUGAUGGUGCUAUCAAAAUGUUCCAUGACUUGGAAAGAUCAGGCAUUAGGAUCGAUGCUUUCCCUUACAACUCAAUCAUGUUGGUACUCUGUAAGGCUGGGCAAACUAGUCGUGCUAUUGAUCUACUAGCCCGUAUGAUAGCUAAAGGAUGCAAACCUACUGAAGCUACAUAUACCAUUCUUAUUGAAGGCAUUGCUUAUGAAGGAUUAGUUGAGGAGGCUCUGGAUUUGUUUAAUGAGUUGUGCUCCAGAGGAUUUGUGAAGAAAAGUUCUGCAAAAAAGGUAACUGGACAAGAAUUAAAUGAAAAUGUGGAACUAUGAGUUAUAUCUUGAACAAGGAGGCUUGUGAUUUGGAUAUGAAUGAUUCCUUCAUAGUAAUUAGUUUCCUGACUAUUACCAUCAUUAGUGGUAACUUCUUGAAGUUGGCUUAAACUUCUCCGAGUCCCUCCAACCAGCUUAAGCUAAGCAUGACAUCUGCUUCCCUGUGUAGAUAAUGGACUAUACCAACACGUUGCAUCUUCAUUACCGCCCCUUUGCGUACUAAUUCGAUUCUAUAUAUAUCUUUCCCUUUUCUAGAAAAUGUGUAGUUCUUGCCAUUUUACUGCCCAAGGCUGAAAAUGUGUAGUUCUUGCCAUUUGUGUUUGUUGUACAUCCUGUGCAAGGUGCUAGCUCUUUCUCUUAUGCAGUUUCCAAAACAAACAAAAAAUAUAUAUUUAACCAUCAAUUAACGGUGUUAAGUUUA